UUUUUAUUAUUAAAUUACAACAUAACGUUAUGAGAAAAUUUAAAUAUUUCAGUGAAUCAUAUUUAAUGCCUAACAAUCAUGAUAAUAUUUCCUAAUUGUAUCUAGAAUGAUAUACUCAAAAGAAUAUACGAACACAUAUAAUGGACAAGUUGGUUAUUUUUGUGACGUUUUACUAUACAAUCCGUAUAUAAAAUUGCGCGAAAUACAUUGAAAUUGCGUGCUAUAUUUUAUUUGUAGACAUUGCUGAUAAGAAAGUAACUCAAUAUCUUGCGCGCGCGAUCUUCGACCGCAAUAAAAGGGUUAUAAAUGAAUAUUUACUUUGAGUAAUAAAAAAAGGAACGAAAUCGGGCAAUGCCACGAAGAUACAAAUUAUUGAUGUUCGCAGUAACAAAUAUAAAUAUAUGUAAUGUCACGUGUAAUAAAAUCUUAUCGGAUAUUACGACGUGCGCGUGGUUACCGUGAUUACUGUUUCGAGGAUCACAUUUACGAAUUUUAUUUGCCUGUCAAUCCGUUUGAAACACGAAGCGUAUGCAGUUGAAAAAAAAUCACGAAUAUCAGGUCGUCGCAUUGGGUAGAUCGGUUAUCCGGUAAUUCAAUGCUUUUGUUAUAUCGUAUGGAGCGAAAAUUAUUAUCGAUAUUCUCCUGCAUUGGUGGAAAAUUUAGCAAACUACGCAGUCUGUUUUUUGAACAUCGACCUUCGCAUUCUCUGCGACAUCAGUUUAGAUGGCUCGAAAAAAAAAACUUGAGUUUCCUUCAGUACUUCUUAUUCACGUUUUAUACAUCAUAAAAGUCACAUAAAAUCCCGGUAACACUUUAUCGUUCGAAAGAUCGGAGUUCUAUGAUUGAAAACAAUUUCUUCUAAUAAUAAAUUAAUUUGCUUGUGAGAAGCAGAGAAUAAAAAUAAACUUGCAUUAUGUUUAAUUGCAUUAGUACAGUAUAGAAAAUAUACUUAUCUUAUAUGAACAGGGAUAUAUGAGAAUCUCGCAUUAUGUGAUUAUGAAUCAUUUAAUUAACGAUAAAAUACAAUUUUAUUAAUUAUUUACGCAGUUAAUUACACAUUCAACUAUAUAAUCUGUAUAAUUAAGAAUAAUAUUAAAGAAUAAUAUUAUAUCUAGUAUUAUAAAGUCAUACACGUUGGUAUUCUUAUAUUUAUACUUAUUUAAAAUACAUAUGUAGACUGAAAAAAAUUAUUGAUUUAUUGUGAGCGUUGCUUAAAAAGCACAUUGCGCGAACUCGUAUGAAUUCGUAUGAUCGAAAGAGAAAGGAAGAACGAAUAUAUCGAGGGAUGGAGGGAGGGGACUUCGUUUUAUAUACGCGCUUCAAAACUCCUUUCUUAUCGCUGACCUGUCGGUGUGAGCGUUGCCUAAUAAUGUAUCGUUAUCACGCCAGGCGUACGAAUAGACGAGCGGCGGGAGAAGACGAGGGGAACGAUUGGUCGUCUCCGCGUGGGGGGAAAGCGCUGAUUGGUUACCGGGAGUGGGGGUUGCGUUCGUCGGAGCAGUUCACGUCCGACUGCCGUGAGUUGCGGUCUCGCCGGUACACUCUGUCUCUCUUGCACUCUUCUUUUCGUGUCUCUUCCAUCCCAGUAUUCCCGGUCUUGGGUAGGGCCGUGUGACGUUCACUGACUGACAGUUUCGCGGAUACUCGUGCGUAAGGUGGCAUGAUGUCGUCGUGUCGACGAGUCAGCGGCGCGUCGUAAUUUUUUUUUUUUUUACGUGGAAAAACGCGCGAUUUUCCGCGCGCAAACGCGAGCGCGUGCGUGGCUGUGUCUUUUGCUUGCGACGUUGCGACCGGCAAGUAGUAAACAGGUGACGCCGACGAGCGGAGCGGAACGGCGGCGUCGCGCCGGUAGCGAUUGACCUUUUAAAACGCAUAUAGUGCGUCGCGUGCAAAUUGCGCGAAAUAGCAGCGGCCGCUGAUCGCGACGGUGUUUGAAAUAAAUCACUGCUCCGCACUACGGAGCAGUGGACACCAUUCGGUAUACUGUGUCAAGGCCACCGGCGGCGAGUUCGCGCCUCGUGUCACUACGUAGCGCAUUUCUCUCUGCGCAAUACCGGAGGAAGGACAGAGGAGAGAAAGAGAGAGAUAUUGUAAAGGAAAAAAGAGAAAUCCGCGUAUGCGAUACCCUGCAUCGCCGCGAUCAUCGAGAAACUCGCGGCUUUGCAAUUGCGUUCCUCAAGAUUUGCUUCUAAUCUAAAAGACGGUGUCAAGGCCGGUGUCAAUUUCCGGCGAACGUUUCACGAGCGGCAGCGUAGCCCCUCGAUUGCGACAACAAUCGCGCGCGCCCGUGCGCACGCGCGCAUUUGUCAAACUGUCAUCAACAGACUUCGAUGGGAUUCAUAAAAAUCGCAUGAAGAUGCCCGUGACAAUCUGGUCUCGGCUUUGCGAGAGUUUCAGUGAAACGUUACUUGUGCGCGAAAUCUAUAGGGAAUAGAGUUUGUGUGAAAGAACGCUAUACGCUCGCGCGGUCGAUGUUUGUCGAUAGCGCGAAAACACGGAACGAUAUAUCGUAACUGUGGGAGUAGUCCCGCGGGAACGACGAAACGUUCAGUGCCGGCACGUUUCAUCGAUCGAUCGAUCAAGCGCGACAAACUUCGCGCGCAACAUUUUACCAGAUAGUGGCAAGGCCAGAGGAUUAUCACCGCGCGAAUAAGCUAUCGAGCAACCGCGAUUAAUCGCCGGCUAACCGGCUAAUUUUAAUUCGACCGGCAAACAAGCCGAGCCGUCGCCGUCCAGCGAUAAGGCGCCGGAUAGACAUCGCUACUGACGACGCGUCUCCGGACGAUGCUGCCGUUCUCCAAUAUGGCGUGUGCGACGCCUACAGGGACACCUGCUGCGAACUACGGCCUAUGUUUACCGGUGCAAACGAGUGAUUAUUGAGUAAACCGUGGAUAAGGACAAGUCGCAGUAUUGACAGUCGUCGUUACCUUCGUGGCGUAAAAAUUGUGAGACAAUAUCGGCGGGAAUAUAUUGAGAACGUGAAUUAUAAAAAAUUUGCGAUUUAUAAUGACCAACAACGACGGGCAGACGUACUUUGUACGCGCGGACGGAUGAGGGAACUCUCUUUCGAAGACGUUAUAUUUACUUAUCGAUAAAUGCACCUCGAAGUGUACGGCAUGUGGCAGCAGCAACAGCAGCAUCAGCAAGCGUAUUUGAGGGGUUUACCCCCGCAACAUCCGCAGCAACAGACUCUCCAUCCAGGGAUCAUCGGCACGGAUAACCACACGCCGCAUCAGCCGCAUCAGCAACAUCAUCAUCAGCAUCAUCGCGCUACCAUUAUGGAUUUGCCGGUACCAAGCAAUCCACGUGCGUCGCGGAACAUGGCGGAAAAGCAACGCCGCGACAAUCUCAACGCAAAUAUAUCGACGAUGGCGACCCUCGUGCCGAGCGUUGCUGGGAGUUCGAGGCGAAUGGACAAAAUAUCCAUCCUGAGAUUAGCUACCGCCUUCCUGAGGACACGUUACACACUCGGAAGUGGCUCGAUGAACUUUCUUCCCCCGUUGUUCAAAGAUCAAUUCGAUCUGGAGCAAUUUUUUGUCGACCACCUAGUUGACAGCGAAGGUUUCUUCCUCGUAGUCACCGCAACAGGAAAAAUCGUCUAUGUCAGCCGACAAGUGGAGCAACAUCUCGGUCAUGUUCAGAACGAAUUGCUGGGUCAGUCCCUGUACAAUUUUGUCUAUCCCGAGGACCAUGACGAGCUCACGCGUAAUCUCACGCCCGAUGGGAUGCCGCCGAUGUCGACGCCGUCGGGCGUCGCGCAGGUGUCCGAGUUAGCGCACGACAACAAUUCCAGCUCCUCCGAGGAAUCCUCGACGGCGAAUCACCGAACGAACGAGAGGAUCAAGCGCUUCCGCGAGCAGAGACGGAACUUCAAGAUUCGCCUGGCGCAACGCACCAACUCCAGGCGCGACCACACGCAGUACGAGUGCUUCGACAUUUCGGGUCUCCUCCGGCUCGCGGAAGCCUGCAAAAACGCAGACACCAACGGGAACAGGGGGAGACAACGAGAGACGACGAGCACCAGUAACGACAUCGUUUUCGCCGGCGUAGCGACCCUGCCAAAGAAGCGGCCCAUCACCGAAUUGUCGAUAAUGGACGCCAAUAAAGACGAGUAUGUGACGCGGCAUCUGGUCGACGGGCGUAUCAUUUAUUGCGAUCACAGGGUGUCGGUCGUUGCCGGGUACAUGUCGGAGGAGGUAUCGGGCCUGAAUGCGUUCGCCUUCAUGCACAAGGAUGAUUUCAGGUGGACGAUGAUCGGCCUACGGCAAAUGUAUGACCGUGCCGAAACGUGCGGCACGUCGUGCUACAGGCUACUCACGAAGACCGGUGAGUUCAUCUACUUACGGACCCACGGUUAUUUGGAAUUCGACAAGGAUACGCAAACGGUGGAAUCCUUCGUUUGCGUCAACACCUUGGUGUCGGAAGAAGAGGGCGUCGGACUAAUAAAAGAGAUGAAAGCCAGGUUCUCUGCGACCGUGGCCGCAAGUAGCAGAGGUCUGAUUCGGCCUUCUGACAUUAACUCACCGAUAGAAGUGACCUCAAAAUCCCAGGCGUCGAAUCCGAGAUGUAGCCUCGAAGAUCCGUCGCAGCUCGAGGAUGCUAUCACUCAUCUAAUCAGCGACCUACCCUCGCCGGCUGUAUCGGAGGACCGUUUCUCUCCCUCGCCGAUGCCUCACACGCAGUACGUGAAGGCCGCUAUAUUCUCUUCUCGUAUGCCCCCGGCUGCCACGCAUGCCAACAAGAUUGGCAUCAAAAAAAUCGAUCGCUGCGUCGUUAUCCAAGGCAAGGGCAAAGUAUCUCCGAAGCAGGAGUCCAAACAUACGGUCGGAAAGUUGAUUAAUUCCAAUAGCGCGGAGCUAAGCCCAAUAUCGGACUCGGAGAGCGCGGUGUCGUCCGGCAAGCCUUUGUCGAUGUUUGAAAUGAUGCACGCUACCCACAACAGCCAUAACAACGUCCAGAACACCGACGUGUCUGCGCAAUCGAAAAUCCUUGCCGCUCGCAAGUCCGGAUCCAAGAGCUCCCGCAUGCCUCGUAGCCAUACAUCAUGCUUGGACGUGCCUCAAAGCGCGAACGGCUUGAACGGGCAGGAAAAAGUGGAUCAACGUAACGUAGGUAUGUUGUCACCAAGCGCUUUGAACGAAGGCAAUAUCAAGAUGGAACGUAGCGGUAUCGAGGAGAAAACGUUCAAUUGUUUAGAUAAUCAAGAGUCUACGGUACUACAAUACUUCGACGACAGCGCGAGCGAUAGUUCCGGCAUCUCGUCGGGGAUCGUCGAGAUGCACAAUCGAGGCCCGUUGAAGAGGAUAUGUAGCGAUGAGAAUCUUCUGGCGAUGCAAAGUAAGAAGAGAUCCAACGACGUGUACGCAUCGACGAAUGCGAGCAGCGAACAGCAGCGCAUUUCCUACUUGAAAUGCAGGUCUUUCGCGACCGAGUAUCCAGCGUUCCCGGAUGAGUUUAGUCAGUACAAUGACGUCAAUUCGCAAUCCCUGGCGAUAGCGGAGUCGCCUAAUUCCAGUCUGCACGAAGUCGGAACCGACUAUCAACAAUUGGUAGAUCCCACGCCGCUGGGCGUAACAAACCACGACGAAGAGCAGUUUAUCGAGUUGCAGGAUUUGAAGGAGGAUACGUUGCUAAGUUCAGAACUGGGCGCAAAUUCAGAACUCAUGAUGAAGAUAUUUGACGGUCUACGCAAUGGACCUGCAGGUUUCGAAAACUUUAACGAAGCAAAAAUGCAGCAACUGACAUCUGAUAAUCAAGUGGUCAAUGACGAGUUAAGUCGCACGUAUUACCAGCUAGCCGACCGAAUGGCGUUGCACGAGUCCCAAAUCAAUGUACUGGCACGUGAUCUCAAAAACCCAGCUCUCCGUGCGCAGAGGGAAAACUUAACACAGUUACAGGCCGAGUACAACAUGCAGAAGCAAAUGCUUAAAACCAUACAACAGGACCGCUGUAAAAUGCAAGUGAACGCGAAGCAAAAGUUCGGAAUCUGAGAAACCGGAUGGUCUUCAAAUCACUUCGUGAAAGCCGCUUUCAAGAACGCGAGCUUAAUAUGAUACAUCCCGGGAUUGUUGUCGUUAAUAAGAAAUAAGCUCUAAAAGUUAUCCCUUUCCUCGAAGGACUAGAACAAAGCUUUCGGUAUUCGCAUACGCGCAAUUUGCAUAAUACUUCUCGAUUUGUGUUACGAUGUCGUCGUGUUCUGAGAUUUCUCUGUUUCGGAAUUGCCGAUGUCAUCAAGAUUCACGACGAAGAUCUGGGUAAUCAUUAUUAGUGCAGCAACAAAUGGAGAUUUGCGUCAGUGCGGGCGCCGUGUGUGUUUAAACCGCUCAGUUCACGAAGAGAGAAGCCAUUGCAGGAGGCAUUGCUUAAGUUGACCGCAAGUGAUUUAUCUAUUACUAAAGCAGUCUGUGUGUAUGUGUGUGUGUAUGUGUGUGUGUUUGCUUCGAUCCGCGUUUUCCCUCGAGUGGAAAAAGAAACGAACGGAAAGACACCGGGAAAAAAAAAGAACUCGUACAGUACAAGUCGAGCGAUUGACGCAUAUAAAUGAUCCUUUUUCUUUCCUUGUCGUUUUUCUUAACUCAGUGGGAUUAAGAACUUCAUUGCGCGCUGUCGUGUAAAAGGUCGCGCGCCUCGCUCACUAACUGAUUAUGCAAAGAGAUUGUACAAAACCACAUUGUAUACUGUUAUUUAAAACGUUGAUACAUUAUAAAUAACAGUCGCUACUCAGGCAGAUUUCUCUGCGGCGAUCGAGUGUUAUGCAGUUGGCAAUUUUCAAAUUUUACGGUGUAGUGUAACUUGUAUAUAUGAUACACAUACAUAUGGAUAUAUACAUUCGAUUUUAACACAGCACGGCCGCGCGCGGCACUUUCCUCGUGCUAACUCGCUCGCCGCGAAUCCGGUCGAGCUUCUUGAAUGCUACCUCUGCGAUUACGUAUUUGUAUCGGAUGGAUAUGAAACCAGUCUCACUUAUAUUUCUUUCUAUUCUAUCGGUUGUAAUUGCGAACCUAUGGUGUUAAAUAUUAAUAAUACUCAUAGCGCCUGACAUCUUUUUUAUAAUUACGAAAGGAUGUCACUCUGAAAAUGUGAAAAGACAAUUUGGUAAUUUUUAUGUUUUAACUUGUCGCGUCUCGUGUAAAUUUCAUCAUUGCGUAUUUAUGUAUGGAAAAACAAAGUGCUAAAUUUAGGGAUAUGUCUAUAGGGUUGCCACUAUAGACCAGAUCAUCCUACUUUUAGUGAAACAAUUUUACAAUUGCAUGUACCUGAAUUCCAUUUACAUUUAAAUGUUCUGUAAUGUUUGGGAAUUGAAAGUCCAGUCACGUGUUAUUAAAAAAUGAUGACAAAUAUAAAAUUAGUCAUUAUAAA